AUGCUGCCCGCAUUGAAGGAUUGUCCAAAAACCAUCAACUCCACCCUCGAAUCGAUGGAGGAGUCGACGUCCACUUCACUCUCUCCAGGCGAUGAAUUGUCGCCACCACAUCUCCUUCCCAAAGCAAAGAAUUUUGCCUCCUCCAGAUUAGAAUUCUCUGGAAAGCCCAUUCUUACUGGAAAGCAUUUAUCCAAACAACGUUCACGACGAGUGAGUGAACCUUUCUAUGUCAGUCUUUGCGUUGUCUCAUGCCGACUGAUAAGUAGGUCUGGUUUCCAUGCCAUUGGCCUUUCCGACUUGACCACAGUCAUCCUCCUCCUCCUCCGUCUGUCUUCCACUGAUUCACCAGAGGCUAGUGCCACUCCUCCUCCUCCUCCUCCUCCCCACUCUCUCUCUCCUGGUGCUGCUGCUCUCCACCCAGACUCGCACACUAUUCGCCUUUCAAAGACACACAUCGAAAAACUGACCAAUCAUACAGCUGCCACAGGUGCUACUGCUGCUGCUGCUACUGCUACUGCUUGCCUGCUGCACUCUCUUUCCACUCCACUGGGAGUCCGUUAA